AUGAAAUCUUUGGACAGUUAUAAUUUUGGACCACCCCCCCUUUUUCAUCAAAAUCAAAUGGCAUCAUCCUUCACUCCCGAAGAAGAAGAAACUAUUCAAUUUUUGAUGGACAAGCUCCGCAAUAUCCGUAACUCAAUUAAAUUUUACUACGAAGGCCCAUCCUUUAAGCCAGCCCAAAUUCCAGCUCCUGUUAAAGAAGAAAUAGUCUCCCUUUUCGACCAGCAUGGCGGAAUUGACAUCCUCGUUAAGCUAACCCACAUUUCCCCAUUCCAAAUAAAAAUGUGACAUAAAGAAUGAAAAAAAGAUCCUUCUUGUUUCUACGCCAAUAGAGACCCAGGGUCAUUUAAACAUUUCAAAAAAUCAGAUUUUGUAGGAAAAGUUUUAGGUGAAAAAGAUGCAUGAGAUGACUUAAAAUUAAACAAAGACAAAAAGAUGCCAAAAUUAAAGAGAGAGGAUUAUAGAGGAAUUACGUCACUAGAGCAAAUUAGAAAUAAAUUAAGCCCAGAAGUCCAAGCUGAGUGCGAACAAAUUAAUAAAUUGAUGAAGGAAAGAAAAAGUGAAGUAUCUGGGAUUGAUCCAGAAAUCAAAAGAAUGAUUGUAAAAGCAGUACUGAAGGCGGGAAACCCGAAACCGAUUGGGCUCAUGAUUGGGGUGAAUGAGAGGAUUAUUUUAAGCUGAAGGGCAGUUUUUGUAAAAGAGCUUGAGGAGAAUGGAGCAGAUUACAAAAAAGAAGAAGAUGCUGAAGAAAAAACUAUAGCAAAAACUGAAGAGAAAUUGCUUAUGUAA